CCACAACAAGGUAGAGGCGUCCGAGGCCUCGCCAUAAUUCCAACCCACUGUGUGUGCCGCUGUAGCAGCGCAGCGCAGCGCGCGCGCCACCACCGUCAACCUCCUGAUCUCCCCGCCUCGCCGCCGUCGAUUCUUCGCCGUCUUCCUGGGGCUCGGGGGCAGCCGGAGCAAGCUUGGGGGGGUGGUGUCCUCGGACCGACGACAGAGUCGUUGCCCGCGAAGAUGCCGGCCCUGGUGUACAUUCCUACUCCGCUUUGCCCGGUGCCAGAGCGUUUCUCCCGGAGUAGCGGUUGCGCCGCCUCAUGAUCUGCCAAUUGGAACCCCUGGGCGUGCGCAGAGGAGGUUGCUCUGCAGCUGGACAGUGAUCGCGUUUGGUGGGUGUGGCGGCGGUGGAGGAAGACGACACGACGAAGACGAGGAGGUCAGGAGGCCAUGAAGGAGGCGGGCGAGGAGAGGUGCCUUGACCCGCAGCUGUGGCACGCGUGCGCCGGCGGCAUGGUGCAGAUGCCCCCCGUGCGCUCCCGUGUCUACUACUUCCCGCAGGGCCACGCGGAACACGCGCACGGCGGCGGCGGCGCCACGGACCUCGCCGGGGCGCGGGCGCGACCUCUCCCGCCGCUCGUGCUCUGCACCGUCGCCGGGGUGCGCUUCCUGGCCGAUCCGGAGACCGACGAGGUCUUCGCCAAGAUCCGCCUCGUGCCGGCCGCGCCCGGCGAGGUGGAGUUCGGAGAGCCCCGCGAGUUCGGCAUCGACCCCGAGGACGCCCGGGAGAAGCUGUCCUCCUUCGCCAAGACGCUCACGCAGUCCGACGCCAACAACGGCGGCGGCUUCUCCGUGCCGCGCUACUGCGCCGAGACCAUCUUCCCCAAGCUCGACUACCGGGCCGACCCGCCGGUGCAGACGGUGCUCGCCAAGGACGUGCACGGGGAGGUCUGGAAGUUCCGCCACAUUUUCCGGGGCACGCCGCGCCGGCAUUUGCUCACCACGGGAUGGAGCGCGUUCGUCAACCAGAAGAAGCUCGUCGCCGGGGACUCCAUCGUCUUCCUGCGCACCGAGCAUGGCGAGCUGUGCGUCGGGAUACGCCGUGCCAAGCGGGUGUCCUGUGGUGGCAUGGAGUGCAUCUCUGGCUGGAACGCCCCGGUGUACGGGGCCUUGUCGGCGUUCUUGAAGGACGAGGAAGGUAAGAUCACUAAGGGUCCUGGUGGGUACAUGAGAGGCAGGGGGAAGGUGGAGAUCACGGACGUUGUUGAGGCCGCAAGCUUAGCCGCGAGCGGGCAGCCAUUUGAGGUGGUGUACUACCCGAGAGCUAGCACUCCAGAGUUUGUUGUGAAGGCUGCAUCGGUACAGAACGCGAUGAGGAACCAGUGGUGCCCUGGGAUGAGGUUCAAGAUGGCAUUUGAGACAGAGGAUUCGUCAAGGAUCAGCUGGUUUAUGGGGACGAUAGCUUCUGCUCAGGUUGCUGACACAAUCAGAUGGCCAAAUUCACCGUGGAGGCUUCUUCAGGUGUCAUGGGAUGAACCAGACUUGCUGCAGAAUGUGAAAUGUGUCAAUCCAUGGCUUGUGGAGAUUGUAUCAAGCAUUCCACCGAUUCACCUAGGGACAUUUUCUCCACCUAGAAAGAAGUUGCGGGUGGCCCAACAUCCAGACUUUCCAUUUGAGGGUCAGCUGUUGAAUCCAAUUUUCCAUGGCAACCCACUUGGUCCAAGCAACAGCCCACUUCGCUGUUUCUCGGACAUCGCUCCUGCAGGCAUACAGGGAGCCAGGCAUGCUCAAUUUGGUUUACCCCUAACAGACUACCAGCUUAACCAGCUGCACCUCGGUUUCAACCGGCUUGGUGCUAUGACUCCGACGCCCCGUAUAUCCAAGGGUUUUGUGAUCAGCAGCGCACCAGCCAGUGAGAGUGUCUCUUGCUUGCUGACAAUCGGCACACCACAGGCCACAGAGAAAUCUGAUGACAUAAAGAGACCCCACAUAAUGCUGUUCGGAAAGCCUAUCCUUACUGAGCAGCAGAUGGAUUCUGGAGGAUCGAGGGAAGGCCUAUCCCAAGACCGCAAGGCUUCUGAGCUUGGGCUAGAAGACGGGCACUGCAAGGUGUUUAUGGAAUCAGAGGAUGUUGGCCGCACCAUUGACCUAUCUGUCUUUGGUUCGUACGAAGAGCUGUACGGCCAGUUAGCGGACAUGUUUGGAAUUGAGAAGGCGGAAAUAAUGAGGCACCUUUGCUACCGUGAUGCUGCUGGUGCUGUCAGGCAUACUGGUGAAGAGCCGUUCAAUGACUUCAUGAAAGUAGCACGGAGGCUCACCAUUAUAGAGGGCACGGAGGGGAGACCGCAGAAACCUCUCGUGGAAUACAUGGUCGAGCGGGCUUGAUUGCAUGGUGGUUCGGACAAGGCAAUCUGAAACUUGUGCAAGACUGAGCUUAGAGCGAAGUAACUGCUGUGUGUUUUCAUUUGUGUUUGUCUGCCGCCGAAGCAGAAUCGCGAUGCUUGUCUGGUCGUGUGGAAAACCUUGGUGUACGCUUCGUGACUUGGUCGUUAGAACUCUGUCGUGGUCAGUUGUGUUUUGCUUGGUCGAAGUUGAUGAAUAACCUCUUUGACGAAUUAGCUUGGAAUAAAGUUCGAGUUGUUGUGU